AUUCACAAUACUCACGUUUGCCUAUUCAGACCAUCUUCUCUUACACUGAAAGGUAAAGAAAUGUUGAUCUGUUUUCACGUGGACAUUGGCGGAAGAGCUACAUUCAAACGUCACAUUCCGGAAUGUUCCACAGCGGUGUGUUCCGACGACUGAGCGAUAAAUAGCUAUCCUCGUCACCGUCUGUACACCCCUGCAUUUUACGGAAGUGGUUUCGUCCGCCCACAUGGGUCCUGACCGAGUGCUGAGGAGUUUCUUUCCCAAAUUCAGUUCUUCAGCUUUCGGUCUUAAUUCUUAAAACUACAUCGACAUAAACAACUGAUGAAGGCCGAGGACAGUGACAUGGCAACCACAGAAGCUCCCCCUCCAUCGAACAGUGAAGAAUCUAAGCUACAUUUCAGAAAGAUAAAUGAGCAACAAGUGGAUGAUAUCUGCCUUCACUUCUUCUACAAACCACACACCAUCACCCUUCUGGCAGCUACCUUGCUCGGUCUGAUGUACUUCGCCUUCACCAGGGAAGAUGAAAACCAAGACGGCAACAUCCGUGUUGGUGUGUUAUUGGUUGUUGUUUUCUUCAUGGUCAUCAGCAUACUGACUUUUCCGAAUGGACCCUUCAGAAGACCUCAUCCUGCAAUAUGGAGAAUGGUUUUUGGUCUCAGUGUGCUCUACUUCCUGUUUCUUGUCUUUAUCAUCUUCCUCAAUUGGAAACAAGUGAAGAGUCUGAUGUACUGGCUGGAUCCAAAUCUGCGUUCUGCCAAACGGGAAGUUGACAUAAUGGAAUAUGCUACAAACUGCAGUGACAUAACAUGGAACCGCAUCGUGAACCACUUGGACAUCUUUGCAUUCGCCCACUUCACAGGCUGGGCCUUGAAGGCCCUGCUGAUCCGCAGCUAUGGCCUCUGCUGGACAAUAAGCAUCACCUGGGAACUCACUGAGCUCUUCUUCAUGCACCUUCUGCCAAACUUUGCAGAGUGCUGGUGGGAUCAGUUGAUUCUGGAUAUCUUAUUGUGUAAUGGAGGAGGAAUCUGGCUGGGGAUGACAGUCUGUCGCUACCUGGAGAUGAGGAUCUAUCGCUGGGGCAGCAUCAAAAAAAUCCACUCCACCACGGGGAAGAUAAAGCGAGCUGUGCUUCAGUUUACACCGGAAAGAUGGACCUAUGUGCGCUGGUUUGAUCCAAAUUCCUCUUUCCAGAGACUGGCAGGAAUCUACCUCUUUAUGAUCGUAUGGCAGCUGGCAGAGCUGAACACGUUUUUCCUGAAGCACAUCUUCGUCUUCCAGGUCUCUCACCCUCUUAGCUGGUGUCGUAUCCUGCUAAUUGCAGCUAUCACUGCACCCACUGUGCGGCAGUAUUAUGCAUACCUGACAGACACUCGGUGUCAGCGGGUUGGUACACAGUGCUGGGUGUUUGGGGCCAUUACAUUCCUGGAAGCUCUCCUUUGUGUGAAAUUUGGUGUUGACUUGUUUUCCCAUGCUGAAAUUUUGUAUGUGGUUCUCUGGUUGCUUUGCCUGGCACUUAUCACACUCCUGUGUCUGUAUGGCAUGGUUUGGUUUGAAAGAAAUAAGCUAAAGAGCACUUUUGUACAAGAUGAGGACAGAGGUUCCUUGUGCCAUGAUGAAAACACAGAUCAGAAAGAUUCAUUGGGACUUUCGCACCUAGCAAGACGGAGGAAGUGUAUUGCUAGGGACAGCAGUGUGAGCAGCGACGAGGAAACAACGAACAAGCAUUAAAAUAUUCUUUUUUUAAUUUUUUUUUAUUGGAUGCCAAAUUGAAUUGACAUUUACUUUUGUAUCACUGGUUUUAUAAGUCGCUGAAAACCAAAAAGCUGUAGUAAAGAUGCCAUUCAAAGACUCAGUUAAAUAUUCUAAUAUGUUUGAGAGCCAGAAACAAAAUGUUUGUGGACCUGCAUGAUUAAAGUUUGGGAUGCUAAAUAUAUGAACCAAAAAAAAGAGGCUCCGGUGGACUGUUCUACCGUCAGCAUGCAUCUUAAAUUUUUUGCACUCCGGUCUAGUUUGCAUUUUAUAUGUUUAACAUUUUGUAAGAUAUUAAAAUUAGUCAAGUAGAUUAUUCUAGUGAAUUGUUUUUUCUUUGCCAAACUGAAUUUUGCACUUGUAUUUGAGACAGUUGAUCAGGUUUUUAAGCAAUUUUCUUCAAUAUAAGCUGCACUUUAAAGUUUUUGUUUACUCACUACAGGUCAGACUAAGCUACUUUUACUAAACAAAUAAGCUCAGUGUGUUUUAUUGUGACUAAUGCUGUCCAAUUUGUCAAAAUGUGGUAUCUUUGACAUCUAAAAGAGCAUCAGAAUGUAACAGCUUGAAUGGAAAAAUGUAUGUUGUUUAUAACAAAAGGCAGUACUUGAGUUGUUAACGUUGUUAGUUUUUCAUGUUGUAAAUUGCAUUUACUGCACAAAAUGUCCAAAGCACUGAGGGACCUGAGUCCCUUAAAAACUUAUGUCUUACUACUGUGAAAUAACACUUUAUGUAAUAAAAAUUAUAUUGUUUGAUGCAUUGUAAACAUGAUGCACCAUGAGGUGAUGUGAAUGUUUCUAUUCUGCUUUUUCAAUUUAAUGAGUUUAAUGAUCACGUGGAAAAAAAAAUCUGUUUGUGAAUCAUAAAA